AUGACAUUGAUUGAAAACGGUUCACAAAAUACAUUUAACAAUCUUAAUGGAUGGAAUGUAGUUAUUUCCUGGAGAGGCGAAAAUUUUGAAUUAAAUCAUGACCAAAUUGGUUACUUAACAAAUAUGUAUGCUUCGGAAAUCUUUCCGAGGUUAUAUAUGGGCAGCGAACUGGCAGCAACUGAUAGAGCAUGGUUAAUGGAUCAUAAAAUUACUCAUAUUCUCUCAGUCACAGAUCACGCUCCUUUACAGUUUCCAGAGUCUUAUAAGUAUAAAACAAUUCCAAUACGAGACUAUGAGAAUACAAAUAUAAUGGAAUAUUUUGAUGCUUCUUAUCAUUUUAUUAAUCAAGCGUUACAGGAGAAUGGGAAUGUCCUUGUUCAUUGCCAACGUGGAAUAUCACGAUGCGCCACAAUCGUCAUUGCGUAUAUAAUGAGAAACAGUCAAAUGGCUUCCACUGCUGCUUAUGACUUUGUAAAGUCAAAACGUCCUAUUAUUUGCCCAAACCAAGGUUUUCUUCAUCAACUAAAAUUAUAUGAAUCAAUGGGUUGUCAAGUUGCCAAAACAAAUCCAAAAUAUUGGAGUUAUUUGAUGUCGGUGUUACAUUCACAAAUUAAUAUAAAUGAUUGGAUAAUUAGUGAUAUGGGCCGAUGGAAAAAUCUCGGCCCG